UUCUGGCCGGGCGUGGUGCAGGGUUCGCCCUGGAGGGACCCGCGCCUGGCCGGCCCGGCCCACGCUGGCGGGGUCCUGGACAAGGAUGGCAAGAAGAAGCACUCGCGGCCGACCUUCUCGGGCCAGCAGAUCUUCGCGCUGGAGAAGACUUUUGAGCAGACCAAGUACUUGGCAGGUCCGGAGCGUGCGCGCCUCGCCUACUCCCUGGGCAUGACCGAGAGCCAAGUCAAGGUGAGGCGGCUGCGGCCUGGGCGGUCCCCCGCGGAUCCCGCUGCGACCAAAUUGACCCGGUCCCCCGCGUCCUGCGAACGGUCU